UCCUAUUGGCUGCCCAGCUCCAUCAUCACCCGCGGAAGUUUGUACAGAGUACUGUCAGUUAUUUCUAAAAAGACAUUUUUCGGCACGAAUUUUGUCGUUCCGCGUGUUUUCCUCGAGAACGUAAAAGAAAGACAAAAGAUAAAUAAUAUUUUAAAGGUUGAAUUUUGCGUCGAGAACAACAGAGCUCGCAUGAAGUGUUUGCACCGGACAGCUAAUAGUAUUGUGUAGCUCGUUGUUAGUUUAGUUUAUUUUUUUUUAUCGGUCAACUUGAUAAACAGCCUAGGAAAGGAUCACAAAAUUAUUUUAGCUGCAGUUUAGCAGCCAACCUGCUUUUAUGAUAAAGUUAAUGUCGGCAGUAUUUUAUAUUGACAGUUUUGUUUAUUUUUGUUUUGAUUAGCAUGCUAAGCUAGUUUGCAGCGCGAGCUGGCAUUAAUCAUUUUGGAUUUACAUCUAAUCAGCAUCACCCUUCAUACAUCGUCAUUAUAGUGUCAUUUACUGUCAUCUUCACACGGCAAGGACUGUACCAAAACAGAGGUUCAUCAUGCUGGGAGAAUGUGGCAUGAAAGAAUGGGAGAGACGAGUGCUCAGGAAGAACUCUGUCACUAUUCUGCAGGACUUAGUGGUGGAUGAUCUGCUGAUCCAGUGUCUACAACAAGAUGGAAUCCUUACAGAAAACAUGGCAGAGACCAUUAUGGCUAAACCGACGUCCCAGGGCAGGAGUCGUCAUUUGUUGCUUCUUUUGCCUAAACGUGGCCCUCAAGCUUUUAGCAGCUUCUGUGCUGCUCUUACGGCGACAGAGCAACCGCACCUCAGCAGACUGCUCAUGGACUUCACAGAGAAAGACAAAAGCUUUUCAGAGCCCUCACUGUCUCGUCCAACUCAGGAAUGUGUUAUACCUGUGAAAAGAGCCAGGACUCACGAGUCCAUGGAGAUGUGUUUGGAUGCCGACUGUCCUGUGACCACAGCUGUUGUUCCCUGCACACCGCAAUUUUACCAGUCCCAUAGAUCAAAGGCGUACCCGAUGCGCUCCUGCCCUCGAGGGCUGGCUCUGGUGCUGAGUAACGUGAGGUUUGACUCAGCUAACACUGAUUUAGACGUCCGGAGGGGAGGAGAGGUGGAUGAGGAGACGCUGAGGAGGCUCUUUAUGGAGCUGGAUUUCACAGUCAGCCUGCACAAAGAUCUAACGGCGGAGGCAAUGCGCAGGUGCCUAGAACAGUUUGCCCAGCGGCAGGAGCAUGCAGAGUAUGACUGCACUGUUGUGUGUUUGCUGUCACAUGGAGUUGAGGGAUCUGUGUACGGCACUGAUGGACAGCUGCUGGAGGUGCACUUAAUUUUGGACUGGGUGUUUGAGGUUUUUGAUAACGCCCACUGCCCUCUGCUCCAGAAUAAGCCGAAGAUGUUCUUCAUUCAGGCUUGUCGAGGAGAGGAGAUGGACAAUGGCGUGGACCAGUUGGAUGGGCAGGAACGGACUCAAUCUCCCGGCUGUGAACAGAGGGAUGCUGGCAGAGAGGGGGAGAGAGAUGACAAAGAGAGGGAGGAGAAAGACAGGGAGAGACUGAGAGUCAAGCUGCCCCAGAGAUCCGACAUGAUCUGCGGCUUUGCUACCCUCAAAGGUUUCAGCACUGCUGCAAUGAGAAACACCAAGAAAGGAUCCUGGUUCAUUCAGGAACUGAACACCACAGUCAGACAGAGAGCCAACGACACACACCUGGCAGACAUACUUGUGCAGGUGAACAAUCAAAUUAAAAGCAGAGAGGGAUACGCACCUGGUUCAGCCCAUCAUCGCUGUAAAGAGAUGUCAGAGUUCACCAGUUCCCUCUGUAAAGACCUCUACCUCUUCCCUAAGUACUACCCCAACAACUAGACACACGCACACACACUCCCCAGACACGAAGCACACGCAGAACACACUGCCCUAAGAACUGAUUUUGAUGCAGUAGCGGGAGCUCAGCGCACGUGUGUGUGUGUACAUCCAUCACCUGCUGCAAGCUCAGCACACAACACACAGAGUCAUGUAAAUAUACUUACACCCGUUCAGAAGUGUCAUCUGUUUCACAUUCCUCAGCACAAUGACAUUAACAGUGGAUUUGCCAAGAUAGAUCAGAUUUAUUUUAAUCUUCUUGGGUGCACUUAGAAAAUGCAUGAUCACAUAUUUUUUUUUUCACUAUUGAAAUAUGCUAAGGAAAGAGUAAAGAUGCCAUUUGUGAGUACAUGUGAAAAAAUCCAUUUGUUUUGAUGAUUUAUAGGGGGGAAAUUGGGGUUAAAAAUAAGGCGGAAAAUGAAAUAUAUUUUUUUAUUCCAUUUUUUUAUUUGUUUAUUCAGCAGCUGUAUAAACUUUGCCAAAUUUAACCAAAGCCAACAUUUUAUGCGUCUUUUGUUUUAUCUGAUUUAUUUUUAUAUCUAUUUGUUUUCACUCUUCUUUGUACAUUUCUUUUUCUCAGUAAUUCAUGUUCUGUAUGUUUUGCAGUUGUGGAGCCUUUUUAUAGCUAACCCUGAAAUCUUGUUGGUACAUUCAGAGCAGCUUAAUGAUACACCCACCAUCUGUCACGCAUACAUGGUUGUAUGCAUAGACAUAACAUUGUGCCAGUACCAUACUAAACUCCUCCAUACUCCAGAUCUGCUCUUUCUUUAUCUUUGGUUUCUGUUAAUGUUAUCUGUAAGUACUGUGUCAUGACAUCUGUUCAUUUUCUUUAGUUAUCCUGUAUGCACCAUGGCAGCUUUUUUGAAUUUUGAUAUGGCUUCCUGACUUGAGUUAAAAGUUAAACUAUUUAUCCAUUUUGGUUCGCAUAUAAUAGUUAUUUUUAAAAACAUUACUAAGAUGCAUAACUUCUGGAUUUUAGUUGCAUUCCAAAUGGCGUUUCCACUCAUUUAUAUAUCCUUUUAACAUGUUUUGUAAUUAUGCCUGUACAUAUGCGUGUUUCUCUUACUUUUGCACAUUUCUUUUCACUUCAAACAUUCUGUGUGCCAUUGAAUGCACAUAAUGGAGACUGAAAGUAUGCUUUUAAAGAAAAGCCUGCAGGUGGCAGUAGAGAGCUUUUGCACAUUUAAUCAGCUCACCUUUUGUCAUUUAGAGCUUCCAGAGUUUAGACACACAGUCUUCCUGCUCUGCACACAACAUUAUUCCUCCUGGGAAUAUAGACUGUAAAUUUGAGUGUGCUGUUUUUCAUCUGUGUAUGUGUCUUCUUGAUCCAGUAGGCAUGACCUUUAGGUUAAUGGUCACAACCUUUGACCUUUUGACACUGCCAUGGCAUCCCUCAAACUUUCUUCUACAUUCCACACUCAUCACCUUUACCAUAGGUUAUCACUCAACAUGAUUAUUUUAUUUUAAUGCAUUUUAUUUUAUUUUUACUGUUUUAGAAGCCAGAAUGUUUUAUGUAGAUGUAGACGUUCAUGCUGAUAUUGCUUUCAAGCAACUGUUGCUAUUUUUGUUUUUGUUUUGGUAUUUUAACUAACAAGCGUCUUUGAACUGGCAAUAUAAUAUGGGCAUAGGUUCAUUUUAAACAAACAUUAAAAUCCUAAGUAUAAAAAUGAGGGGCUGGUGCAGAUAACUAAUUUAUAAAAGAUGACUUUCAUAAUGGAAACAGUGCCAUGAUAAUUUAGGAAAAAAUAUAUUGAAAUAUUUAAACAAAUGACUGGUUAUUUGAUGAAAUACUAGAAGUUAUUUUCAUUAGUCAAAUGUUUCAAAAUGAAAAAUACACUUGUAUAUAUAUACUUGGAAAAUGUGUCAAUUUCAUACUCUGUGUUUGUAAGUAUUUCAUACUGUGUUUGUAAGUAUUUCUUUAAUGCUGCAGUCGUUCCAUUGUGAGAAUGCCAGCACACUGAUGUUCUCCAGAACCAGCCUUACAUGAAAGGAAAGAUGGGUUCAUUUUAAACAACUCUAACAGUAUUUAUACAUUUUAAUGUGUUUCUCAGGCUGUGUUCACCUGGUUUUGAAUGUGUGUUCAGAAUUGUAAUGGUGAAAGCAUUGUGACACUGAGCGCUACAGGUUCUAGUUGUGGUAAAAAUGUUUUAAAAGUUUCCCCUAUGAAGGUAUUAAAACCCACAAAGCAC